GAGAAUUUUUGACUCAGUCUUUCUCGAUCCACUGAAGUGGUUCAACCAGAGAAAAACAAUGAAUUGGUGUCUUGUGAGAAUCGCCUUGGUGACUUGUGCAUUGGUGCUAUGUAUCGGUGAAGUUGACUCAAGUGAAGAUCAUUCAUAUCAAGUUGAAUCCGUAGAACAUGACCUAGAAACCGAUCAGGAUGACUACUACAACGAAGAAGAUGAAGAAAGAAGAAAGCAUCACUACCACCAUCAUGGACAUGGAUCUCAUCAUCAUGGAACUCACUAUGUCACAACGCAAAAGCCCAAACCUGCUGCAACUACGGAAAAAGGUCCUGUAGCCCUUCCAAAUCCCAAACCAAAAUCCUGCCCAAGAUAUGAGGAAUAUCACGAUUGUGGAUCACCCUGUCAAGUUCUGUGCUCAAAUCUAGGUCAAGAGUGCAACAUUCAGAAUAUUCGAUGUCCUGAUGGAUGCUACUGUAUACCAGGAUAUGCAAGAACUUCUUCAAAUGGUCCCUGUGUUCCACAGUACAAAUGCCCAAAACCGUACUGUCCGGCAAAUGAGGUCUGGCUUGACUGCUUCCAAGCCCCUACGUGCGACAGGGAGUGUAGCAGCCUAGGAAAAUCAUGUGACGUCGUAGGGAGUGGUUGCAAUCCCGGAUGUUUCUGUCGAACGGGAUAUGCUCGGCAUCCUGAGACAGGAAAGUGCGUACCGACCAGCCAGUGCCCUGCACCAAAACCAGAGUGCUCAAGGAAUGAAGAAUACAGGUCAUGUGACUACCGUUGCAAGGAGAACUGCAACAGUGACUACUGCAAGUAUGAGAAACGUCCCUGUGAGGAAGGAUGCUUCUGUAAAUCAGGCUACGCAAGGGUCAACGACAAAUGUAUCCCAAGAUCGUUCUGCAAGUCUUGCCCAACUCACGAGCGGUACCUUGAGUGUGGAAACUCAUGCCAGGAGUCCUGCAAAAAGGACGUUUCGAGGUGUAGAACUUGCGAAAGGUCAGGAUGCUUCUGUGAAGAAGGAUACUCCAGAAUCGACGGCGUCUGUCGUCCUGAUAGCGAAUGUCCAGAAAGGCAAUGUCCAUCCCAUGAGGUAUUUUUAGAAUGUGGCAGUGCAUGCCAAGACAACUGCGACCAGAACCAGCCUUGCACUGAUCAAUGCGUUCAAGGAUGUUUCUGCGAACCCGGCUACGCAAGGAUCAACGGAAAAUGUGUACUGAGGUCAUCGUGCAAUGUCUGUCCUCCUCACGAGGAAUACUUAGAAUGCGGUAAUGCCUGCAUAGAGUCCUGCUAUGAAGAUUCAUCGAGAUGUAUACCAUGUGCUAGUUCAGGAUGUUUCUGUGUUGACGGAUAUUCUAGAAUCAAUGGCACCUGUCGCCCUGACAGUGAAUGCCCAAACAGACAGUGUCCGGCCCAUGAAGUAUUCCUCGAAUGCGGUAGUGUAUGUCAAGAUGAUUGCAAUCCCAAUCAACAGUGUACAGAACAAUGUGCCCGAGCUUGCUUCUGCGAACCAGGCUAUGCUAGAAUCAACGGAGUAUGCAAACCAAGGAACCAAUGUUCACCACAGUGUCCAGAAAAUGAACAUUUUGAACAAUGUGGAAACACCUGCACUGAGAGUUGCGUAAAAGAACGUGUCAACUGUUCACCAAAUUGCUACCCAGGAUGCUACUGCAAUAAAGGCUUCGUCAGGAUGAAUGGGAAAUGCGUUCCUGAGAAGUUCUGCAAGAAAUGCAAUUUGAACGAGGAAUACCUAACUUGUGGCAAUGCAUGUCAGGAUUUAUGUGAUGCCUCAGCUACAACAUGCCUAGAUGAAUGUGUCGAAGGAUGUUUCUGCGAAAAAGGAUUCAGUCGCAUCAACGGAGUUUGCGUUCCACGGAGACAGUGCUUCACUUGCGGUACAGGAGAAGAAUACACAGAAUGCGGAAGUUCGUGCUUAGAGCUCUGCAAUAGGAAUGUCAUCCUCUGUCCACCGGUCUGCGAAGAAGGAUGCUUCUGUGCUUCGGGAUUCUCUCGCGUCAACGGACAAUGUCUUCCAAACGAGCUCUGUCCUACGUGCGAGGAGAAUGAAGAAUACCAAAGCUGUGGAAACUAUUGUUUAGAACGCUGUGGUAAUCCUCUAUGUCCUGCUGAUCUACCAUGCGAUAGUGGUUGCUUCUGCAAACCUGGCUUCAAACGCGAUGGUAAAGUCUGUGUUCCUGAAAAACAGUGUCCACCACAAUGUCAAGGCCCCAAUGAAGUUUACUCGACUUGUGGAAAUAACUGUACUGAUCUAUGUCCGGAUCCAAAUCGCUUCUGUACUCUUGAGUGCUACAACGGGUGCUUCUGCGCUGAAGGAUUCAGUCGACCAGACUACAACAGUCCUUGUAUACCAACAGAACAAUGUACGACAUGUUCUGGGGAAAAUGAACAGUUCUAUGAAUGUGGAAAUCCCUGCUUAGAAAACUGCCCUAUUCCCGAAAUAUGCACCUUACAAUGCGUAAAAGGAUGCUUCUGCAAGCCAAAUCAUGUUCGAUUGUUCCCAGGUGGACCUUGUGUUCCCGAGUGGCAAUGUCUCACCCAGUGUACAAGGCCAUUCGAAGAACUCAGUUCCUGCGGAAACAACUGCACAGAACUAUGUCCACGACCUGGUAGAGCAUGCAACAAAAACUGCUGGAGAGGUUGCUUCUGCAAGAAAGGCUACUACCGAGCACACUACGACGGACUCUGUAUCCCGGAAUCCAAGUGUCCUGCACCUCCAGUUUGCACGGGUCCUAACGAGGAAGUUAGGGACUGCAGCAGUCCAUGCGAUGACGACUGUCCAGGAGAAAAUAACGAAUGUGCAUUUGACUGCCAAGUGGGAUGCUACUGCAAACCUGGUUUUAAACGCUUAUCUAGAGGUGGACAAUGUGUUCCUGAGAAUGAGUGUUCAGCCAAGUGCACGGGUGUAAACGAGGAAUACACAGACUGUGGCAAUCCAUGUAACGAAGAUUGUCCGAACUCUGGUCGUGUUUGUGCUGCGGUCUGCUACAAAGGAUGCUACUGCAAACCCAAUCACGUUCGAAUCAACGGACAAUGCGUACCGAAUUCGCAAUGUCCGAAGGAAUGUCCAGGACAGAACGAAGUCUACAGCGAAUGUGGUAAUCACUGCAGAGACGAAUGCAACAGUGAGGUUUGCCUUACAGUUUGUGAGGUUGGAUGCUUCUGCCAACCUGGCUUCUCCCGUAAGGACGGAGUUUGCGUACCUACAGAAGAGUGUCCACCCAAAUGCGAUGGCGUCAAUGAAGAGUACACAACCUGUGGCAGUUCAUGUACCGAACAAUGUGGUGUAAGGAUUUGCCCUGCUAUUUGCCAAACCGGUUGCUUCUGCAAACCAGGACACUCAAGGAUUCAAGGCGUUUGCACUCCUACAAGAGAUUGUCCGGCUUGUGGAGAAAAUGAGGAGUAUACCUAUUGCGGAAGUGGAUGUACUGAUCCUUGCGAAACCAGAGGACAAAACUGCCUAGACGCUUGCCGAGAAGGAUGCUUCUGCAAGGAGGACCAUAGCCGAGUUACUCCAGGAUCGCCUUGUGUUCCAGACAGUCAAUGCACAAACGUCACAUGCGGAAGAUACGAAGUGUAUGCGAGCUGUGGGAGAAAUUGUCAGACAACUUGCGACAACUUAGGGGUAAAUUGUCCAAUUGUGCACAUCAGGUGCCCCGAUGGUUGUUACUGUGAGCCAGGCUACGCAAGAGUUUACGAAGGAGGAAGUUGCGUAAAGCAAGAGUAUUGCCCAUAUUCUCCAUGUGGCGAUAACGAAGUCUGGCUGGAAUGUGGAGAUCCGAAACAACCUAUUCCAUGUCCGCAGAAUUGCAAGGACGUCGGGAAGUCAUGUCAGGAGGAGUAUCCUUCGUGCGAUAUGCCAUCUAUGGGAGGAUGCUACUGCAAAGCUGGAUUUUCUCGAGCACCUGAUGGUAGGAAAUGCGUUGCAACCAGCAAAUGCAGCUCAUAUUCUUACUAAGAACCACCUCGCAGAGAAAAUUUCAAGGAUUUCGGAGAUUCCUCUAGCAACCUUAACAAGACCAACCUUUCUUCUCAUUACAAACAAUUUAAAAACUUAAGAAUCCUCAAUUAAAUUUGUCAAUAAAUGCAAUUUUCGUAUUUACACCAAAAUUUCUGGAAUUUUUAAACAAGAAGAGGAGGUCCAACAAAGUUAUGAGAAUAAAGUGAAUGACUAAAUUAAA